GUGAAGUAAAGUAAUAAAUCUUUUUUUGAAAAGAGAGAAAAAAAAAAAAAAAAAUUUAUUAUAUGUCUUUCUUGAAGAGGUGCAGCAGCUCUUUUGAAAAGUUUGUUACAUACCCCAGAAGUUUGUAUGUACUUUUCCGGGAAGAUGAUACACAGUCUUGCAAUUUUGUUUCUUCUUAUACCAUUCGCAGUCUUGGCAGACAGUAAACCGCAUAUCAUUUUUAUUCUCGCGGACGACUUGGGAUGGAAUGACGUUGGAUUUCAUGGAUCGGGUCAAAUUUUAACACCCAAUAUUGAUGCACUUGCAUACACUGGACUUAUGUUGCACAAUUAUUAUGUUACGCCAAUUUGUACACCUUCAAGAAGUGCCCUAAUGACAGGCAAAUAUCCAAUUCACACCGGUAUGCAACACAGUGUUCUUAAAGCCGCUGAACCCAGAGGACUGCCACUUAAUGAAAAAUUACUACCACAAUAUUUGAAAGAACUUGGCUAUAGAACGCACAUUGUUGGAAAAUGGCACCUGGGACAUUAUAAAAAAGAAUAUACUCCACUGUAUAGAGGAUUUGACUCUCAUCUUGGAUUUUGGACUGGUCAUCAUGAUUAUUUUGAUCAUACAGCAGUCGAAGAGGAACAAUGGGGUUUCGAUAUGAGACGAGGAUUAGAUCCAGCGUGGGAUCUUCAUGGGAAAUAUUCAACUCGUAUUUUUGGCACUGAAGCAGUGAAAAUAAUAAAGAAUCAUACGACAAGUCAACCUCUUUUUUUGUAUAUUGCUCAUGCGGCAACACAUUCUGCAAAUCCAUAUAACCCAUUGCCAGCACCAAUAGAAACACUUUCGAAAAAUAUUGCCUGUGACACUGUUAGUCAUCGUUGUAAUUUUGCAGCCAUGGCUCAAGAAAUGGAUACAACAGUUGGUCAAGUUAUUAAAGCUUUGUACGAUAAAAAUAUGCUAAAUAAUAGCAUCAUUGUAUUUUCAACUGAUAAUGGUGGUCCAGCUGCUGGAUUCAAUUUAAAUCACGCUUCUAAUUGGCCUUUAAGAGGUGUAAAAAAUACUCUAUUUGAAGGAGGUAUUCGAGGUACUGGAAUCCUUUGGUCGCCAUUGUUAACUAGAACAGGACGUGUGACUAAGCAAUUGAUGCACAUCAGUGAUUGGUUACCAACUCUUUUAGCCGCUGCCAAUAAUACCGUAACUAAUUUAAAUAUUGAUGGAAUUAAUUUAUGGAAUUCAUUAAAAGACGAUCGCGAAUCGCCAAGAAAAUCUAUACUUCACAAUAUCGAUGAUAUUUAUGGUAAUUCAGCAAUAACAAUUGGAAAUUUUAAGCUUCUCAAAGGAUCAACGUACAAUGGAACAUAUGAUGGUUAUUAUGGACCAGAUGGGAGAAAAAUCCGUUACAAUGAAGAAUUAAUUAUAAACGAUAUGACGGGUAAUUAUCUUAAAAAUAUUGGAAUGAACCUAUCGGCGAAAGGAAUAUUAAGUUUGCGAGAAAAAGCAACUUUAAAACAAUGUCCUGAUAAAAAUAACAAUCUUCCACGAUGUAAUCCCAUCAAAAAGCCAUGUCUUGUGAAUAUUUCUGAAGAUUAUUGCGAGCAAAACGAUCUAUCUACUAUGUAUCCUGAAGUCUUAAAAGAGCUUACAGAAGAGUUGGAAAAAUACCGAGCAUCAGCAUUACCGCCCGGAAAUCUUCCACUAGACAAAAAAGCUGAUCCAAAUUUAUGGGAUCAUACGUGGACCAAUUUUGGAGAUUACAAUAGGACAUCAAAUAAAAAUACACAUAUUUUAACAUAUUAAAUAUUAUGUGCAAAUUUUUUUUCAAUUUUUAUCGUUAAAUUUUAAAAUCAUUUUUUAUAUUCUAUAUAUGGCAAAAGUUACCAUGCGAAAUUUAUUUAUAUAAAUGGCUUAGUGUGAAUCUAGACAAGUUGAAAAAUAGAGGCGUUUAAAAUCAGAUUUCGAAGGACCAUUUUUAUCAUUGAGCACAUCGAGAGAAUAUACAGUAUGUGAAGAAAUUAUAGUUAUAAAUUUCAUCGAGCGGAAAUACUAUAAGCUU